AUGCCGCUGCUCCUUGGGGACGACGAAGUGGAGGCCUUAGAGGCGGCGCUCUCCUAUGUGGACGCCCUCUCGCCGACUCAAUCAGCGCUUGAAAUCCCAGCGCCCUCGUCGACGACUGUGUCUCCGGAAGGCUUCGCUGCUGGGGACGAGGGAGAGGUCCGACUAGACGCAGAGCUGGACCGACUGCUGCUGGGAACGCUGUCAUCUUCGUCGGAGCAUGACAGCGAUUCGACUCCAAUGCCAGCAAUGCCGACUGCACUGGCCACUACUGCAACGGCGUCGUCAGUAUCAUCGCCUGUUCCGCCGAUGGUGGCGAACGUUGGGACUUCCGACGUAUCUGGUCAGACUCGGCGCAGUUCUCGAGCAGCUAAAGGCCCGACAACGACUUUGGCCAAAACAAAGCGCCGUGUGAAGGUAAACCCAAACCGAGCGCGAGACGAACGCAAGCAUGAGCUGGCGUAUUUAAGAAAUAAAGUGGAGCAAAUGGAGAGAGACCUGGACACGAUGCGCCAUCGACGACGCGCCCGAGGAAUCCGCAGCGCGGAACCACCGCCAGACGCUCGAUCGCAAGCGUUGACGACUACCUAUUCGAAACCUUCUGCUUCGUCGUCCAAAAUGCCUUUCAUCUGGAGGGACAUUGCCACUCGUCAGCAACACCGACGCGAGAAAUCCGAGCGCGAAAACGCGAGGCUUAAGCUCGUACUCGAGAGCCAGGUGAAAUUGGCAAAAAGCAUGGAAAUAUUGCUGCAGAAGCGGGCUCGGCAGCAAGUGUCUGGCUGUGCUGAGGUGGUUGGGGCAUCCGGUGACCUGUCGUCGCAAGGGUGCACCCUAGACUUUUUAGUGGACAAGGACACUUACGAGGCGCUUCUCACGAGUGUGGAGACUGCUUACGCCGAGUUGGAGGCUGUCCUUGCUACUAACGGGUUGUUGAACCUGGACACUCCUAUUAGAGAUGCACGGAUGCGCGAGGGUGCUAGCGGAAUGUAUCUCGACGUGUUUGCCAACAAGGUGCUACCCUUCACCUACGAGGCGGUGACCGCAGCCGUGUGGAAUCAUUUUAAAGGCAGCGAGAAACACCGCGGUGUGGUGUACGAGAACGCGACGAAGCAAAUUGAGACUUCCUCGGAUACUAUUAUGGAGGCCUUCACUAUGGAGUUCCUGGGCAAGACGACCACUGCGGACUUCCGCGUGAAGCAGGUGAUCAGACGCUUUGUGGAGACUGACAGGCAGGUUGUGGUAUGGGUGUCCAUAGGACACGCUCUGGACCCGAACAACUCGCCGUUCUCCAGCUUUGGCUUCGUGGACAAAGGUUACGUGGUCACGAGACGCCCCACGUCGAUGGUCCCAGGUCAUGGUGACUUUACCAUUCUACAAAUGUGCAGUCUAGUGUCGCCGCAGAUGGCUGCAGGCUGUCGAAUCGACAUGACUGCAGCAGGCGACUUCACCGAGUUCGUGCUGAAUGUCGUGGCUGCCAACACCACGACCAGUCAAGAGCUCAUAGAGAAUGUGCUGCUAGACCAGGCGCUCAACAAGCGCCAGUUUGAAACGAGUCUAGCUGCUUGA